AUGAGAGCUGUGUGUUUGUGUGUGGUGCUCUGGAUGUGCAGCCCUCACACGGCAGCAGCGGCGGGACACAUACUCAACGACUCCUCACUUCUGGGAAAGGAGAUGUUGUCUUACACGGACCACUUACUAAACGUUUCGGGGCAUUUGGAUAACCGGACCUCUGGGUUUUUCCUCCUGGACUUCGAUGAGGGGAUGCUGGAGGACUGGCGCUCUCUGGCCAGCAAGAAGCGCAGCGGAGCGGAGUCGCAGGACGCCGGGAUCAAGGCGCUGCUGGUGGCCGCGUACUCUCUGAUCAUCGUGAUCUCCCUGUUCGGGAACACUCUGGUGUGCCAUGUGGUGGUGAAAAACAAGCGCUCCCUGUCCGCUACCAGCGUAUUCAUUAUGAACCUGGCCGUGGCUGAUAUCUUCAUUACUGUCCUCAACACGCCCUUCACCCUGGUCCGGUUUGUGAACAGCACCUGGGUGUUUGGGAGGACAAUGUGUCACAUCAGUCGCUUUGUACAGUACUGCUCCCUGCACGUCUCCACUCUCACGCUCACUGCCAUCGCUCUGGACCGUCGCCAGGUGAUUUUGCACCCUCUGAGACCUCGCAUGUCCCCGGCACAAGGCGGUGUCUGGGUCGCUGUUAUCUGGUUAAUGGCCAGCUGCUUCUCUCUACCUCAUGCAAUCUACCAAAAACUCCUCACUUUUACAUACAGUAAGGAAAAGGAGCGCAGCCUGUGUGUCCCAGAUUUCCCAGAGCCAUCAGAUGUCUACUGGCAGUUUAUUGACCUCCUGACCUUCAUCUUACUUUACAUGCUGCCACUCAUUGUCGUCACCGCCUCGUACACCACGGUGGCCUGCCGGCUGUGGCACCACAACGCCAUCGGUGACACAACGACAGCUCAGCACGCUGCCCAGAAGAGAAAAAGGCGGCGGACGUUGGCCAUGUUGCUCCUGGUGGUCGGGGUGUUUGCUGUCUGCUGGUUCCCACUGAACUGCUACGUGGUGCUACUGUCCAGUCAGGCCAUCCACUCUUCUAACGCCCUGUACUUCUGCUUUCACUGGCUGGCUAUGAGCUCCACCUGCUACAACCCUUUCAUCUACUGCUGUCUGAAUCCCACCUUUCGCCAGGAGCUGAGGCUGCUCUUCGCCAUGUGCAGGAGGAAACGUCGGGCGGUGGUCGGGUUGGAGCCGGAGCUACGCCCUGUAGCUGCUCCUUGCCGUCACAGGACUGCCUGGCCUGACACCAACCAGUCCUCCAGGCCCGGGCGUGCUCUGCCACACCCAGGCAAUUCCUCCUCACAGCAAAGUCACGCCUCCUCCAGUCAGUCCCAAAACCUCAAAGACACUCAUGUGCUCUUCAUCGCCAGGCAGGUCCUCACAGGAAGGACUGACAUUCUCUCCGUGGAGCCCAUUGUGGCUGUGAGCUGA